AUGGAGGAGCAAUUUGGUGGAAGAUCAUCAGGAGAGAAUGAUCGAAAUCAGCAGCAAAGGAGAAUGAAGAUGCCGGAAAACAUCUCAUCAGCGCCACCACAACCACCGCCGCAGAAAUGUCCUCGUUGUGAUUCAAACAACACCAAGUUUUGCUACUACAACAACUACAGUUUGACUCAGCCUCGCUAUUUCUGCAAGACGUGUAGGAGGUAUUGGACUCAAGGCGGAACCCUAAGGAACGUCCCCGUCGGAGGUGGUUGCCGAAAGGGUAAACGAACGAUGAAGGCCGGUGGCAGCGGUGGUGUUAAUAUUAGCGGCGGUUCAUCUUCAUCAGCUGGUGAAAAUUCAUCUAGAUCUAAUCAUCAUCAAGUACUACAACCGCCACAAAUAGCGAAUUUAUCAGCAGCUGCUGCUGCUGCUUUUUUCUCAGGUAACAAUUCGAGAUCUCAACCGCCGUCACUUCCAUCGAUGAGUUCUCUGUAUGGUGGUGGUGUUGGUGGAGGAUUUUUGUCUUCUUUAGCUGCCAUGCAAUCAAUGAGUCAGUUAUCACAAGGUGUCAAUAUUCAAUCUCAGCUUGGGGUAAUUUCGGCCAGUAAUAACAAUAACAACCAAUUUGGUAAUUUCAAUAUUCCAACUAGUACUCCUCCUAAGGUUCAAAUUAACCAACAAAUGGAAAAUACUGGAUUUUACCAAAAGCCCAAUAUGGAAUCAUCUUUUUACCCAUCUGAUCAAACGUUGCAGUUUCAACCUACAAGGCCUUUGAGUUCAUGGACGCAAAGGUUCAUCAACAACAACAACAAUAAUAUUUGGCCGAAUAGCUCAGCCAGCAACAGCAGCAGCGGAGGUGCUAAUGAUAGCACCACCGCUGCUGGUGCAUCUCUCAGCCCGAAUCAGUGGCCCGAUCUUCCGGGGCUCGGCCCAUCUCCAUGAGAUUUUAGGGUUUCUUCCCUCUUUUUUUUAAUCAUACCGAAUUAAUAGUGUUUCGUCCAUGA